AGUUUUUGUAGUUGUUAAUAGUAUAACCUUAUCUAUUAUAAACCAAGAUAAUUUUUGACGGUAAUAAUAAAAAUUCCACAUAGGUACGUACUUUUUUUAUGUAUGUACAUAUACAGGUGAACAGUUUGUUAUUUUUAAGUUGCUUUAACUCGAUCUUGAUCAGUAACAAUUUUAAAUCCUUAAAUCGGCUUGUUAAAGAAAUAUAAACGAAUUUAAAAAAUGGUGAAAGCAAAAAAAUUCAUUUACGCUAAAGCUUUUCAAGGUCAACCAAAAUCUGAAAAUUUUAAAUUGGAAGAAUUCGAACUUCCGGAAUUAAAGGAUGACGAAGUUCUUUGUGAAGCCAUUUUUUUGAGUGUUGAUCCAUAUAUGCGUCCGUACAUGAGCCGGUUUCCAGUAGGUUCAACAAUGAUUGGGGGACAAAUAGCAAAGGUUACAAACAGCAAACAUUCCAAAUUUCCGACAGGAAGCAUGAUUUAUGGGGAUUUUGGAUGGCAAACCCAUACAAUUUUUAAUCCGGAAAAUUUGAGUGAAACUUUUAUAAAUGAACCAAUUGUUUUGCCUAAUUUCGGUAAUUUACCAUAUUCUUACGCUUUAGGAUGCUUAGGAAUGCCCGGAAAUACUGCUUUUUUUGGGUUUUUGGAAAUAUGUCAACCAAAAAAAGGCGAGACUGUUGUUAUAACAGGAGCUGCUGGCGCAGUAGGAUGUUUGGUAGGUCAAAUUGCAAAAAUAAAAGGAUGUAUCGUUGUCGGUUUCGCUGGUACAGAUGAAAAAUGUAAAUGGUUAACAAAUGAAUGUCAAUUUGAUCAUGCUUUCAAUUACAAAACUUGCGACAUAACAAAAAGUCUUAAAGAAGCCGCACCGAAUGGUAUCGACUGUUAUUUUGAUAAUGUUGGUGGUGAAAUCAGUUCCACUAUUUUAAGACAAAUGAAUUUAUUUGGUAGAGUUUCAGUAUGUGGAUCGAUCUCUGUUUAUAACGAAAAUAUGGAAGAUUUACCUAAAGUAACUAUCGUACAACCGUUACUGCUUUUUAAACAAUUGAAAAUGGAGGGAUUCAUAGUUUCACGUUGGAAAAGCAGAUUUGGAGAAGGAUUUGCGUCAAUGUUAAAUUGGGUUAAAGAAGGAAAAAUAAAAUACAGAGAAACUGUAACAGAAGGCUUCGAAAACAUGCCAAAUGCAUUUAUGGAAAUGCUCAAUGGAAAAAACAUUGGGAAAGCUAUUGUUAAAAUUUAAAAAUUAAUGUUAUUUUAAGAUUAAUUAUUCUAAAUUUUUUUGCCAAAAUAAAAUAUUUUUACAUUGCUGAAA